CAAAAACAUGAGAUGACCACCCGAUGGCUAGCUUCGGUUGAAGGUCAGCCCAACUGUCCAUAAAGGUACCCCGUAUCACACUGUGUCUUAUCUUAUCGAUACCAACCCCAACCCUUCCAAAAUCCAGCCCACAAUCCCUGGCCCGUGCACCCCCGAUCCAAUCCAAACCCAUCCUCCAAGCUCCAAACUUCGUGAUCCAUUGCCGAGUCCCCCGACGACGACGACGACGACCACCACCACCACCACCCCCAUUCCCGACCAACCAUACACCAGGUCCCAUAACCCGGGAACUGGUCAAAAAUAAGUUAAAAUGGCCAAGAAGGCAAAAUCCCGUGUUAUCAUCGUCCGCCUCCUCUCCAUGGCACAAACGGGCUACUUUUAUACCUUCACCCGCCCCCGUGUCGGAAUCCCAAUGAGCAUGAUCAAGUACGAUCCGAUUGUGAGGAGGAGGGUCCUGUUCCUAGAACAAAAACGAAAGGGGAAAUAAACCAAGUCAUCUAAACCGAAUGAGCAAAAAAGCAAAAAAGGCCUGGGGAAAAAAAUGGCUGGGAACGAGGAUCAAGACCGAACCCAAUACACCAUCAUAUACGGCAGAACAAGAAUGGGGAAAUGGACGGCUCAAAGAUGAUGAUAGAAGAAGGAGGUUUGGGGAAAAGAGCUGGGCCUUUUUGUGUACGAUACCACCGAAAUUCUGCGCCAUUGUACAUUAUCAAUCCAAAAAACAAGGAGAAAAAAGACACCACAUAGCAUAACCGGCGCUUAUCGGUUUGGGAGAGAGACUAAGUCAAAUAGAGGAACGAGUCAAUCUACCCAUCUUCCCUGAUGAUGCCAUAGUUAAAGUAUCAUUUGG